CAACUCAUGGCAAUGGGUCUUGAGAAGUAUAUUAAGGCAAUCAAAUGUGCCGAGUUUCCGGUGAGGAAGGGCGCAGAUCCCAUACGCAUUGCAUGCAAYCGCAUGGUGAAAGAUCUAAUACAUGGCAAACAGGCACGCCGAGUGUUCGCCAAGAUCCAGGAGCUCUGCGACAUGGAGCAGUAUAAUCCGGUCAAAUAUUACUUUGACCACGAGCGAGCACCGCCUGUCAAUCAAGUCCUGAUAGGCUUCGAGGGCGGCAUUGUGCGCACGCCGCGGGAACAAUACGAUUUGCUGCCAAGUGGCUGGAAGUAUUACAUUGAGAAAAACUGGAAUAACGACAAGCGCGCCCGUCGCAGCAACCAUAAACAAAUUUCAUCACGUUCCUCAUCAGCAGCGAGUACGUCGUAUUUGGAGUUUGUUCGCGAGGCGGUGGGAGAAGAUUUGUUGUUGCCCGACAGUUUGGGCGAGCCUUCAGCGCCAUAUGGCAGUGUCACUAGCUUGGCGCAGUCAGCCACACCUACAAAAACAAAAGCAGAGGAGAAAAGCACGUCCAGUUCACACCCCAAGCGAUCCCGCCGAUCCGGCGAKCAAAGUUUGUCUUCGCUGACCAUUAAUGUAAAUUACGUCUUCGGGAGCGAUCUAGGAGCCAAUGCCUUCAAAGCCGGCGUCUCUGUGCCAUUUCAGCCCACGGACUACGCUAGCAAUGUGGCGAACAUAAAUAGCAGCCUUCAACCAAGCAGCGAGUGCAGUUUAUUGGCGCUGCCACCCCCAUUGCCGCCACUGCCAAAGGAUGCGCCGCCCGCUGUAAAUCUCUGCUUUGAUGCUGAAACAGAGACCGUAAAGAUCGUUGAAUUGGAAAAGUCUGCGGAACAAAAGAACGAGGAACUAAACACCAACAGCUUAAGUUGCUCUGCAGGCAGUGCCAAACGAGCUCGUUGUCGGAUUUAUAAACGUUUGGUUGUGUCUCGCCAGCAGCGACCACGCCGCUCAGCCACCACAUCGUCGUCGACAACACCGCCGCGAAGUCGCUACCACGCUCUGCGGCAGCGUUUGCGCCGUAAGCUGCAGCGGCGCUGUCAAGCCCUAAUCACCAGCUACGCCAGCUACCUGCAGCAGCAGGGCGAGCUCUACGCCCAUUCGCCGCCUGUGCAAUACUAUCACAGACGUUUCUUUCGACGAGCCAACCGACAGGAGGAGAUGCUGCGGCACAUGCUGCAGCCGGAUAGUCCAGAAGAGCGCAAUCGCAAGGAUGCCACUUUUGCCUACAACUUCUAUGAGAAAGUGGAGGAGGCAUUGCUGUCCUCCAAUCGCAUGGACGACUGUCACAAGUUCAAUCAUCUGCUGCAAACGUUCGACCCCAAGCAGGAUAARGUUGCMGAUUUGUAUUUGAAAGUGGAAAAAUUACUGCUACCCGAUUAUCCAGAGUUGGCGGAGGUGUUUCUCAAUUUUUUGCUACCUGCCGAGGCCGCUGAGCUGGGCAAAUACUUCGAGUACUUCAUGAUCACCAACGCGAGCAACUUUAUCAACAAGCUGAACAUUUACUUUUCUAAACAGCCGGCGCAAGUGCGCAAGAUCUAUGCCUGCCUCAGUGAACUGGCCGAGCUGCCCAGCGUGAGCAUGAAGAAGGUGGAGGCAAAGAUCCUGCCACUGCUAAAAGGCAAUCAGUUCCUAUGCGAUUGGUUUGUACAGCAAUUUCCACAGGCCAAGCCUCCAAAGCGUGUGCUGCCGCCAGCGGAGACCAUGAUUCUGCACGAGGUUCUGGGCAACACGAGUGGCUCAUUUGCAGAAACCAUACAAGAUCUGCAGGAGGAUUCGCCGCCGCAGGGCAAACCUCCGGGCUGUCAAUUGAAAUAUCUCAAUGGACGCAUYUUUUAUGGSACCAGAGCUAUGUUGCCCGCUAAACUAUCCUUUCGCGCUGCCACCCUCUAUGAUGAGCAGUGCCUCGAGCCGCUCAGCAGCAACCUGACCUGUGCACAUGGCGUGCGUGCUCAGGGCGAGAAAUUGAUAAGCGCUGCUAUCACUGUGGACAGCGAUGAUGCGGAGCGGAGUGAAGAGGAUGAUGCCAGUCGAACAUUGGUCAUAGACACCACCACUGGAGACGAGGAGAACAGCAGCUCYUCCCUGGACAUGUGCGAUGACGUGGCAUUGAGAGCACAUGCAAUGCGCCUCAAUUCCAGCUAUUACAGCAGCAGCAGCUAUAAUAAUGCCAACAGCAGCACGCCUAAUGUGGGCCAUCAUCAUGGCCCUCAUCAUGCGCACGCGAAGAAGACGGCGAUUAAUUUUGGCGAAACUUCACCGCGUCGCCAGACGGCAAAUAAUGUGUCUCCUCUAUCUGGACUCAGUCCGCUGCUUGGCUCAGCGAGCGGUGCCUCGCCACAGCAGGACAAACGCAAGUCGCCCAGCAAAAAGGUGCGUUCGCCUUCGAAUCAGAGCCAGGCGCGUCCGCGCUACAAUGUGCAGCCCAUGGUGGUAAUACAUGAGCCGGCGGCGCGAGCGCCGGCGCCCGCCUCUCCGGCCAUUGAGUUUGCCAAGAGGCUACGCACCCUGAUCAGCCAGGACAGCAGCGACACAGACACCAAGGCGGACAUACAGAUCAUAGCGCAAGCCAAGCACCCUAGCACUUCCGCAUCCGCUGCCAAGCAGGAACUCAACUCGCAGGAUGAUAAAAAGCCCUUGGCCGAUGCAAUGGAU